AAGAUUAAUGUAUAGAUAAUUACGAUAAAAUAAUUGCUGAGCACGCAAAUAAUAGAAGUGAUGGUAAAUAAGUAUAAUAGUAACAAUAAUAGCGAGUUUCCCUGGUUCCGGUGAGAAUAACGUGGUGUUGUUGUGGUCUGUGAGACACGAGCUGCUCCUCAAUAUUCAUCCUCGUGCUUGCCCCUCCGUCACUCCCCCACUCAUGAGCCUCUCCCAGCGCCACCCCUUGCUCCCCAGGCCACCGCUAACGCUCCAGCAGUGAGCCCAGCCUAGGGAUGAGAGCAGGCAGGCCCCCAGCAGGCGUCCUUGCCCUUCCGCGCCACCCCACCACUGCCCCGCCUGCAGGAGUGCUGUAGGGCACCCCGCUCCGCCCCGUCCCAUCGUCUUACACAGCCAUGCCAGGCAAGAAGAAGAAAUACAACGCCCGGUUCCCCCCGGCGAGGAUCAAGAAAAUAAUGCAAACAGACGAGGAAGUGGGGAAGGUGGCGGCGGCCGUUCCUGUCAUCAUCUCUCGCGGCCUGGAGCUCUUCGUGGAAUCCUUACUGAUGAGGGCAGGUGAAGUGACAGCCUCCCGACACGCCCGCACCCUCACUCCCGCCCAUUUGAAACAGUGCAUCAUGGCAGAGAAGAGAUUUGACUUCCUGCAGGAGCUCGUCGCGUCCGUGCCAGACAUCGGACCAGAGGGGGAAGCUGAACCAGGCACUCCCAGCACCCCUCUCACCCCCUCCUUCCCCACCCCCAACACCCCACAGCCACAGCAGCCCCCGCCACCGCCACCACCACUGGCAGCGCCCUCCACGCCCCCACACGUCCUUCCACAUGUCUUCCCUGCAGUGCCGACACACCCCGCGCCAGACUCAGCCUUCUCCCCCACAGACGGCAGUGGGGGGGCGGAGGCACCAGCGGGGCGAGGCAGGGGCCGUGGCAGAGGACGAGGGCGUGGCCGAGGCAGGGGCAGAGGGGCACUGGCAGGGCAGCAGCAGGCCGGCACCAACACUACCCCUAAAGUGCCCAGACCUAGAGGCCGCCCAAGGAAGGUUGUCCCUGCGCCAGUGGUCACGAUGGACACCUCAGACCACUCGGAUGAUGCGCUAUCCCUUGACGUGGACACCGACGAGGACAUGGGCUCAGACACAGACGAGGAGGUGAUAGUGGCUGCAGAACACUCCACAAACAGCUCCUCCUCUUCCACCAGUACCCACAAGCCCUCAUCUCCUCCCCCUGUUCCACCCCUCUCCCUUCCCUCCAUCCCCUUAUCCUCUGCCGUUACCAUUACUCAGGUUAGCAAGACACCCCCAUCCCAACCCGUCCCGUCACCUGCCCCUUCUGUGACGCCGCAGUUUGGGGUUCCCGAAGUGAGCACCAAGGUCGGGGAGUUUCAGAUAUCCAUUGGGAAGGAAUACAGCAUUGGCAUAAUACCUCCUGUCCUCCCCUCAACCACCACUGCUGCCAUCACCACCUCCACCACUGCCACCAGCAACACCACCACCGCUGCCACCACCACCUCCACCAACAGUGCCCCAAGCAAGCCCAACAAGCCCCCACCUCCACCAGUACCAGCACUGCACCCCAUACAAUUUGCCUUUCCCCCGGGCGGCGUGAGGCUUCCUGGUCCCACAAAUAGCACGGCAGCCCUCGCCACGGCCCCCCACAGUCCCCUCACCCCUGGCACGCGGCCCUUCUUUGGGGUACCAGUGCCGGUCAUCACGUCAGUGCACGCGAUGAACAGCCGGCCUUCCUUCGCUGGGGAUAAUGGAAGUGCCACUGCUAUCACUGCCCCAGCUGCCAUGCAUGUCAACUCCCAAGUAGAUGAAGAUUAUGACUCCUAGAUGUGUGUGUGUGUGUGUGUGUGUGUGUGUGUGUGUGUGUGUGUGUGUGUGUGUGUAAGUUUGUGAGUGUUUCGCCUUCUUCCAGACCUCAGCCCGGCCUUCCGUUGUGUCCAAUAGUCGUUUUCGUGUUUUCUCGUCCUACUUUUCUGUUUUGUAAUGUUUUUUUCCAUUCAGUGUUUCAGUUUGCCUCGGUGAUUUAUUCACUCUAGCGUGUGGUUUUUUUGUCCUUUCAUCCUGCUUCUCUGUUUUGUAGUUUUAAUUAGUGGCUUUGUUUGAUCUGGUUUUCAUUCAGUUUUCACCCUGUGUCUUCUGGUUUCUGUUCACUAUCCAGGUGGUGGCUCUCUGUUUCAUCCAGGGUUCAGUUCCUCGCCCUGCUUUUGGUGUUCUAACUGUAUGCAGCGAGUGGCUUUUUAUUUUCAUCCUAUUGCUGUUUUGUAACCCUUAUUAUGCAUUGAAUGGCUCUCUCUUUCAUCCAGUAUUCAGUUCGUCAUCCUGCCUCCUCUGUUUUCUGACCUUGAUGUAAUGAGUGGCUUUUAAUUUUUAUUCACCCUUCUUUGAUUGAUUUUUUUUCUUUUCUGUUCUCUGACACGGAAGCAGUAGUCAUUCCAAGGAAAAGCAAAAUAACUCCUCAGGUCCCCCAACUAGCAGAGGCAAAAUGCCAGAGGCACCUCCACUUAGGGGGAUCCUGAGGAGGGAUUGGAGUGACAGGACAAGAUACAAAUAUGAGAUUGUGAUCGGAGGAGCCCAACGGAGAAGAGAGGGUGACAGCAUAAGCAGAAGGAUUAGAGAGCAGGAGAAGGUAGAGAAUGUUGGUCGUGUCUCCAAGACGGUCAGGAAUACGAGUAGGGUGUUGCACCAAUUUGUCUUGGUCAUGGAGGAUAGCAAAGUUAAAGAUGAGUUCACCGGGAUGAUUGAUUUAAAAAAGAAAUAGAAAAUGGAAUCCUACUCCUGUUUUGUAUUUAUUAUGCAGUGGCUAGCUUCUUUGCUUCGGUAUUCAGUUCCUCAUCCUUCUUCUGUGAUGCAACUCUUAUGUAGUGAAGGGCGUCUGUCAUUUGUAGUCUUGGCUUGGUAGGUGAGGGUGUAGUGUGUGUUGGUCCUACAGGCAGGAAUAAAAGUAGAGGAGGGAAAUGGCAGUCCCUUGGUCGUGAGAGUGGGAUGGUGUCACUUGUCACGACCAUCUCUCUUAUCAAGGGUGUGUCUAGUGUUCAGGAAGACGGGGAGAUGUGUUGCUGUGUUUGACGUUGCCUGCUGCAUGAAGGUUACAGUUGUCAUUUUAGGUUUCAGUUUUUAUCUUGUCAUUUUUUAUAUUUUUAUUUAUUUAUUUAUUUAUUUAUUUAUUUUAUUUUAUUUUUAUUUUUUUUUUUGCUCUAGUGUGUUUUCAUUCCAGAAGUUUAAGGGUGUCACUCAGUUCUGUUCUCUACCUCCAGUGUGCCUUUUUUGUUCUUCAGGUUUUCUUGGUUUGAGACUUUAUUUUGUAUUCAUAUCUUUGCUUACUCAGUUCAGGGAUUUUUUUUUUUUCACCCUCAGGUUAAUUCAGUUUUGGUCUUUGCCACUGCCUCCAUCUUUCCUGCAGCCUUUCUCUCUUCCUUGUUGUCUGCUGCUGCUGCUGCUGCUGCUCUUGGUCUUCGUGUGUUGUCUUGGUUUACAGUGAGUACAAAUGCAUCACGUCAAGUCUUUGUCUUUAUGCUGUUGCUCCACCAGUCUCUGUAGCAGCAUCACAUUCAGGGGUGUUCAAUUCUAGUACAACACUUCACAAACAACCACCAAUACUGUUGGGUGUUGUCACUGUGGCCAGAACUGAUGAUUUCCAAGUGUUGUGCAUCAUAAAGCAAGGGAAAGUAAUGUUUUGUGGCACCAACAAAAGACUCCCUGUUAGUCCCCAUCAGCGUUGCUGUGUCCUGGCAGUGUUCAUAAUCAGGAAGCAAAGAAAAAGGUGUGAAAGUAACAGACAUGUUUGUACACACCUGAAGCAAUGUGUGGGUCUGUGUGGAAAUUAUUUUUGGAGCAUAAUGUUGUAAGUUUGUGGUGUGCAGCAAGCCUUGGCAGGGUGGUCUGUUGCCUUGGCCUUUAAAAGUGUUGGGAGAGGAAGGCACUGGUACAUCACUCAAGAGAACCUAACAAAAAAUAAGAAAUAAAUAAGUUAUAAUAAUAAUAAUAAUGAUUUUUCGGUUGGUCAUUUAUUUUUCACAUGAAUGGGAAACUGGCCAAAAGCUGCAAUUUUUUUACUCUGGUAUUUCUACAAAGUACUUCAUGGAAAAGCUUGAACCAGAUUAAGACUAAACUGGUUCCAGAGUUGAACUGAUAGAGUUGAUAGUCCCCUCUAAAAGGUGUUGACAUCACAGAACGGGGGAAAAGCAAGGCAAGGUGGAGUGAUUGAGAUGCAUGCCCAUCAUCACCCUCACCCUUGAAGGAGUGUGAAAUGUGUGACCGACAGUGUUGUGCAGUGGUCCUUUACAUUGUCCUUCACUGUGACUGCUGUCUUGUGUUUGUUAAUGUGUUGGGUCUAUGUCUCCUUGUGUACCUGUGUGCCUCUUACUCUGCUGUAAUCUGUGUGUACGUAUGUGUGUGUGUGUGUGUGUGUGUCUGCUGGUGUGUGAGUGUGUGUGUGUGUUUAUGAAAAGUGUGUGAUGUUUGUCUCUGCCUGGAGCACAGCCCUGCACCACCUACACCACUCAUGGCAUUGCUGUGACAUCACGCCACAGCUUGGCUCUAACUUCAUCAGUGCUGUGAGACACAAAGGAGACCCAUUGCUGUGGGGAUUGGUGUGUGAGGGGGCUGAGGGACUCGCCCGGCCUGGCCACCAUGACCAAGGGACAGAAGAAUGUGAUACAAAAGCAGUAUUCAGAGAACACGGACGUGAUCCAGGUCAGGUCAUCCUCUGUCGCGGCAAGUUCCUGGUGAUGGUUUUCAGAGCCCCCCCAGUGCCUUCCUGAAGCUUGUGCUUGUGUGUGUGCAGAAAAAGAUGCCAAGGAGCUGAAGACUUAUGGUGCAGAGCAUUCCCAGAGUCAGGUCUCUUUAAGGGGCCAGCCAGACGUCCCUCGGUGCUACGGUGAACUCAUUCUUGUGACAGUAUUUGCCCUGUGAUUAGUGCACUGAUUAAUGUUAACAGUAGUCAUAAGUAUUGUAGCGUGGACUGCAUCGCCGCUGGACAGUUGUGAUGCUGGUCCACGCGCCGCCACCGCUCGUUACGACAGACGAGGGGUUACCGUUAUGUUUUGUUGAGGUGUCCCGCCGCCAAGCACAUGCGGGACACCCGGUGCUUCGCCCAGACAGCUGAUUGGUUUCCUCCCGCCAUGCCGCAGCAAUCCGGCCACAGCGGACGUCGGGGGCAAGAUAAGGCUGUGGGUUCUUUAUCAUCUUCCAUGAUUAUUAAUAAGCCUCUAAGUUAGUGACUGGAUAGGUAGUAUUUACUAAUAUCAAACCGUAUUUAACUAACUCAUUACGUCUUAGCUGUGCCGGCGUGGCAGGCGUAGCAAGGAGCAAUAAUGCCACACUUGGGUCUGGCAAUCAAAGCAGUGCCCGCCGGCCCUCGGGUCCCGCGUCCCGGGGUGCAGUCCUCGCCAUGACGUUAAAACUGCGAUGUGAAACAAACGUAUUCUAGUUGUGUUUUGUCCUGUUAAGUUUAGUGGUAUCACUCUGGGGCGGCGCUGCAGCUGCUGCUGCCGCCGCCUCCGCCUCAAACCAGCGAUCAAAUCUUGACACGAUAAAACGCCAAAGGUCAGAACUUUCCAUGUGUUGUCGUCGGUGUCGUCUGUUCAUUUGUGUUUCUUUUCCAAUGCUCAUCGGAAUGUCGCGCCGGACUGUGCUUGUGUCAGGCAGGUGAUGCCACACGCCGGCCGGGAGGUGUCGGUGUGGAGUCUGGCCAGCUGUGUGGUGGUGGUGGUGGUGAUGGCAGUGCAGCGACAAGCCAGACUUGUUUGCCACCGCCUCUGUGCCACGUCUCUUUCUUUUUGGGACUCGCAGUUAAUGGUCUUGUCCUCUGUUCUGUCCUCCCUGAACAGCUCCACAGCCUUGGUUCAUCUGCAUCCACUCCUAGUAUUAAGCGUUGAUUGUUCAACUUGUAUUAAGUACAAAAUAACCUUACCCUCUGUUCCAGGAUUUACAUGUGUUACGGUGAGCACAGGGUUGCCAGUGGCUCUUCUCCCUCUGUAGUCAAAAUGAUGGUUUCCAAGAGUUGUGAGAGUCGUGGUCAGACCAUGUGUGUGUGUGUGCAUGUGUGUGUGUGUGCCUGGAGACUGAUGUUCAACCUUUUGUUUUCUCUUGAUUUACAUUUUUUUUUCUUUUUCUUUUUCUUUUUUUUUUUUUUUAUAUACCUGUGUUAUGACGGAUACUCUUCUGCUCCCUGUCCCACCUCCUGCAGUCCCUCCCACCACAAAUCACUCUCUCCCCUGUGUAGGCUGCCACUGAACCCACAAGUUCCCCCCUCCCCCCCAAGUCCUGAGUGAUUGACUGUGUCACACUUGUAGUCCAUUACAUGCCUGGUGAUUGGUGAGACUUACAGACUUGUGUGCCAGUUUAGGUGAUACAAGAUGCGAGAUUGUGGGAGCAGUACAUAUGUUGCGAUAUUCCUGGAUUCACUACGUUAUGGUAUGUGAAAGUAUUUUACUACCAAGCAAAUACAUUACUUGGAAUAAGA